AUGUCCACUGAUACGGUCCCUACGCCUCCAGGCCCUCUCCCUCGUCCGACAGUACUUACGCCAGCACAAAUACGUUGCCUCGAGGAAGCCAAAAUCUUUCUAUCAGAACCGCACCCUCAAGUAUCCACAAUAAGAAAAGUAUCAGCCGCCUUCAGGGCACCGAAACCAAGUUCAAGCCCUUCUUCCUCGUCUACAGCUUCCGCAUCAAUGAGCUUUCAAGGAUACAACCCUGACGUCAUUCAUACCUUCGACAUUCCAAUCGCAAUAGAAAGUCGAGAGGUCCUUGAAUACAUCGGAUUCGUGCCAGAAGUCUCUCGUGUCAUUUAUGACCGCUACCGCAAGAGGCCCGAUUCAGAACAGAACCCUGAUGACCUUAUAGCUUAUGUCUCUGGACAUCUUUCCGCACUCAAACUUUCCCAAUAUGACAAUAUGAGCCCUAAAGAUGCACUCAGAGAUAUUGGGUUGAAUCAAGAAAUUCAAGGUGCCAUUACAGACCCAGAAUUUUCGCAAAUCUUUGGCACGGAGUCACUGUUCUAUUGGGCAAAAGAUACCGUUGAAAUCAACUAUGCUGCUCUGCUCUCGAAACAGAAAGUCCUAGAAUCUUAUGCAAAUCACCUUCUUGCCCAGAAAGAGAAAUCUAACGGGCCUCGAGGUCAUUCCGACCAAUCCUUAGACGACCAAACCACAACUCCGGGCCAAGCUGUCACAGCAACUAUCAGCAUGACACCAAGCGAUUUCAAGUUUCCAAAUACACGUGUCAGAGUUGAGGCUGAUUCACCUUUGCUCAUGGAUGACCACGUUUCUUUGUACAAAGGAAAGGCACACUCAGAGCUCAAGCAACGAGGUGCCAUCAUUUGGGAAAAUGGAGCUGUCAACCCAAGCGCCCUUGUGACGGCCCCUGGUAGUGAUUUCAAUUGGAAUUGCAAUGCCCACUACUGGACCCCAGAAAAGGAAACAGCUGAGAACUAUCGAAGGUAUGUAGCUAGAAGAUGUCCAGAGGCUGAAACGUGUAUCAUUCACAUUCAAGUCCCGCGACAGUUCCUCAACAACCUCUAUCAGGAAGACCUAUGGUUUUCUCCUGAGUGGAAGGAAUAUGUUUGGACAUGCAGGAGUAUGGUACAGCCAGAUGAGAAAUUUGACCGCCUCUGGAAACCUGGACGAGCGGAUCUUGUGAGAGGUCCUAUCUGCUGCGUCGGCGACCGCAUUUUCGCCAUCUCGGAAGAUGAUAUACAAAUGAGUAUCACUGAAAGUUAUGUGAUGCGAUUAUCAACUGGGAGGAAGGCCACACAGUGGGUGUUUCUACAAAAUGAAACAAUCACUCAGUUGGCGGAGCAAAUCAAAGGGAAACUGCACUUCAUUCUCUUCCAGGCCACUAGACGUUCCGAUGAAUGA